AUGCCAAUAUGUUUCGACCGCCAACGGACGCUCGCCAUCCUUCGUCUUUUAAGGACGCGUCGUAACUGUGGAACCCGGGCGUCAGAGUCAAACGUACUCUUGAGACCGUACCAGGAGGCUUGUCUGGAUGCAUGCAUGCAUGCAUUACACUCCGGUCUCUCCAGAGUUGGUGUCUCACUUCCAACGGGUUCGGGGAAAACUACAGUCUUUGUAUCUUUACUCUCGAGAAUCCCCGUCCCGGUGUCUAGCCCUGAGGCAACCCGUUCGCUCGUCAUUGUAAAUGGCAGAGAACUGGCAUAUCAAGCGGCGGAACAAGCCCGCAAGUUGCGUCCCGACUGGGAGGUCGAUAUUGAGCAGGGACAAAAGCACCGAGCAUCAGGUCGCGCAGACGUGACCGUGGCUACUUACCAGACGCUCCUCCGAGGUGACCGCCUCGGAAAGUUCGAUCCUGCAAGAUUGAAAGCUAUUGUAGUGGACGAAGCCCAUCACGCAGCAUCCCCAUCAUAUCGAAAUAUUUUGUCCCAUUUUGCUCCCGCCAUAAAAAGCCCAGAUGGAGUGAUAAAGUCGCAAGUACAUCCUCACACCAUACCCAUCAUAGGCUUCUCGGCAACCUUCAGUCGGCAUGACGGCCUAGCUCUUGGUUCGGUAUUUGAACGCAUAGUGUACCAUCGCAGUUUUCUGGAGAUGAUGAAAGAACAAUGGCUCUGUAAUGUUCGCUUUACUUCGGUCCAUGCCAACAUGAAUUUAAACAACGUCAGCAUCAGCUCCCGUUCAGGCGACUUCGUCACGAGAAGUCUCGCUCAAGUAAUAAAUACAGACACCGUCAACAAACUGGUGGUGCAAAGUUGGUUAGACAGAGCUUCGACGCGAAAGUCCACCCUUGUCUUUUGCGUCAAUCUUGCUCAUGUUGCUCAUUUAACUAAGACAUUCCGUGAAGCAGGAGUGGAUGCGCGCUACUUGUAUGCUGGAACACCCGUAGCAGAACGAACAAAACUGAUCACCGAAUUUCGCGAGGGAACGUUCCCGGUUCUGGUUAACUGUGGUAUCCUCACGGAAGGAGCAGAUAUUCCGAACAUCGAUUGCGUCGUCCUGGCUAGGCCGACUCGUUCGCGUAACUUGUUUGCUCAGAUGAUUGGACGCGGCAUGAGAUUGUCGCCGGGAACUGGCAAGGAGGACUGUCUUAUUAUCGAUUUCGUGGAUAGUCGGAAUCGUGUAGCCGGAAUAGUCUGCGUCCCUACACUGUUUGGUUUGGAUCCUUCUGAAGUGAUCGAUGGUGAAACAGUUGAUUCAUUGCAGGAGCGGGCCGCGCCAACAGCAGAUGGCACUCAGGGCCUCAAGGCGGACAGCCCAGACGAUAUUCCAGACCCGACCUCUGUCACAUACAUUGACUAUGAAGACCCGUUUGAGCUCGCUGAUCAGGCCUCGGGCGCACCGCAUAUCGCGGCGCUUAGUCCGCUCUCUUGGGUAGGAUGCGGUGAUGACAUCUAUGUUCUGGAAUGUCUCGGGAGGGGCCAGAUUCGAUUAGAGAAAGUCAAGGGCGCGGAAGGAGAAGAGGAGUAUUGGAAGGCCCACUACAAUUCUAUCCUGUUAGAUAGACAGACGGCCGCUUCUAUGCGCCUGCCUCCAUAUGCACGGAGUCGAGAGAUACUGAAGGCUCACACUCUCGAGGAGGCCGUACGAGGCUGCGAUACUUAUGCUCAGAAGAAGGUCCUGCGAGGGCCACAAGCUGUGGGCCUACUGCGUUCAGCUGCCUGGCGGCGGCAUCCGGCGACAGAUACCCAAAAGGAGUUCAUCCGGAAACGUUGGGGUUCCCGCAAGAUCACCUCUCUGCAAGACUUUGGUGACGGCAGCAAAGUCGAGGAGUACGACCAGAGGAUAGCGAAGCUGACGAAGGGCGAAGCCGCCAACAUCAUUACGCGGUUGAAACACGGCGCACAGGUACGGUAG